AACGAACGACUUAAACGGAAGAGAUGGGUCAAUGUGGAAAAUUCCAAUAUCUGUUUCCUUAUUUCGACGUCUUAACUAAACUUUGAGACAUAAAACUUGUUUAAUUUGUAUCCUGUACUGCAGCUGGCAACCGAAGAUGACACCCUUUGUUUCAAUUCUUUUCUUGUUCAUGUUCAUGUUCAUGUCUUUCCGAAAUACUUCAGCAACGGUAUCAAUGGCGUCAUCCCAAUUCAUGUUGUUACUUGACAGAGAAGCUCAUGCUUUACUUCAGAGUGGAUGGUGGAGUGGAUAUACUGACUACAUGCCGGACCACUGCGAGUGGCCUGGGAUAGCUUGCAAUGGUUUUGGCAGCAUCAUAGAAAUAUCAACGCCUUCUCAGUUUCAGUUGAGGGACAAGUUUGUGAAGUUCAACUUCUUUGCUGUCCCAAAACUUGUUCGUCUUCGACUCGUUGGACACGGACUCAUUGGUAAUAUACCAUCUGAAAUAGGUACUCUUCAUAAACUAACUUAUCUUGACCUUUCUUUCAAUAAGAUUAACGGUUCAAUUCCUGAGGAAAUUUGGAACUUGAAAAACUUAGAGACCCUAAACCUGGCUAGAAACAAGAUUGUUGGUUCAAUUCCUUCUAGCCUUGGUCAUUUGACCAAUUUGGUCUCUCUUUCACUUGAUUCUAACCUUAUUAGUGGCUCUAUACCUGUAGAAAUAGGAUAUUUGAAUAAUUUGGUCCAUUUAAAUCUUAGUGACAACAAACUUAAGGGGCCAAUUCCUUCAUACAUAGGCCUUUUAACCAAUUUGAAAUCCCUGUCUCUUAAAUGGAACCAAAUAAGUGGCUCUAUUCCUUUGGAACUGAGAAAUUUGAGCAAACUAGAACAUUUGUUCCUUGGAGAUAAUAAUAUCACUGGGGCAAUUCCUUUAUUCAUGAGCCAUCUUAUCAAUUUGAAAUCUCUAGACUUGUCAAAUAACAAGAUUUCUGGUUGCUUAUUUAGUGAGCUAACUCAGCUGACCCAACUUGAGUAUCUUAACUUGUCCUCAAACCAGAUUUCUGGUGAGCUGCCUAUUGAAUUUGGAACACUUUCAAGACUUAAGGUUUUGGACAUGAGUGGUAAUUUAUUCUAUGGCAAAAUACCUUCUCAACUUUGGAGUAUGUCAAACUUAAGGCUGUUAAAUCUCAGCCACAAUGAACUGUCAGGAACAAUUCCUAAUUCCUUCAUUUUCUUGCCUAUACUACCUGAUUUGUCACACAAUAAUAUAGCCUAUCAAAUUCCAAAUAACUUUCUUGUUUCUUCUCCACCUCAUGAAUUUAUGAGAAACAGAAAUUUACUCAGUGACAGAGUCAGUGAUCCAUCUCUCUCUACCUCUUCCAAUAGCAAUAGCAAGAUUAUUAUACAGAACAAGGAGAUUUUUUUAGCAGGAAUUUUUGUUCCAAUCAUCAUUUUCUUUGGAGUACUUUUUAUUAGAUAUCUAGUUUUCAAAAUUUGGGAGGCUGACAAAGAUAGUGAUGCAAGAAAAGAAAAGCAUGGAGAUUUAUUCAAUAUAUGGAAUUAUGAUGGAAAAAUUGCUUUCAAGGAUAUCAUCAAGGUAACAGAGGAUUUUGACAUCAAAUACUGCAUUGGAAGUGGUAAAUUUGGGAGUGUUUACAGAGCUCGGCUACCUAAUGGCAGAGUAGUGGCCUUAAAGAAACUUCACAGUUUAGAAGCAGAGGAACCUGAUUUUCUUAAGAGUUUUAAGAAUGAAGUGAAACUAUUAUCCAAAAUACGACAUCGAAACAUAGUGAAGCUUCAUGGUUUUUGUUUACACAAACAAUGCAUGUUUCUGGUUUAUGAAUAUGUGAAGAGAGGGAGUUUGUUUAAUCUUCUAAGAAAUGAUACCAAAGCUACCCAAUUGGAUUGGAGCAAAAGGAUAAGCAUAAUUGCAGGCAUAGCACAUGCCUUAUCAUACAUCCACCACGAUUGUAGUCCACCAAUUGUUCAUAGGGAUGUAACCAGCAGCAACAUUCUAUUGGACCACGAAAUGAAGGCUUUAGUCUCUGACUUUGGCAUUGCUAGACUCUUAUAUACUAAUUCCUCUAAUCGAACGGUACUUGCUGGCACCUUUGGCUAUGUUGCACCAGAAUAUGCCUACACCACGGUUCUGAGUGAAAAGGGUGAUGUUUAUAGUUUUGGAGUGGUGGCACUAGAGACAAUCAUGGGAAGACAUCCGCCAGAGAUUAUUUCUUUGAUAUUGUCAAGGUCAUCAUCGUCUUCUAAUGGACCGAUGAUUAUGUUGAAAGAUGUCUUAGACUCACGUCUCUCAGCUCCACAUGGUAAUCAUAUUCUUGCCUCAGACAUAGUUCUGGUAGUAACAAUAGCCUUAGCAUGCCUGCGUUCCGAGCCAAAAUCUCGGCCAACGAUGGUGAAUGUUUGUCGAUGGCUUCUUCUCCCAAGAACACCACUACUGCGACACUCUUUUCAGUCAAUUUCAAUAAAGCAGCUCAUUGAGCAAGACAUAUAUAAAAUUUGUUAGAAUUAUAUGACUAAUAUAAUCACAAAUAUUAUUCCAUAAUCACAAUCUUUAUUUAAAGUGUCUAUCAAUUGACAAUAACGAUAAUGUGAUGGUUUGCACUUUCUAA